AUCGUACUAUCAGAGACGUGAAUAUAUUUAACAAUUUUGUUAAAAAUAAGGAUGAACGAGAAUAUGUGGAUAAGAAAGUUAUUGAAACUGAUCAUCUUGAAUUUUAUAAGAUUGUUUAUGUAGACCCACCUCUUAGAACAACAACUAGACAUAAAAAAAAACGAAGUAGACAUGGUGAAACAUGUUCAAAUGAAUAUUUAAAACAACUUUAUGAUUUAUAUGAAACUAGUAUUGAUACUAUUUAUCCUGAACAUGUCAAGUUCGAUAACAAGAUUGUUUUAUGUAAAAAUUGUAUUGAUUUCAAACUAUGUCAAAAGAAAUGUGAUCACUCAUUGGUUAUUAAUACGAUGCAGAAAAGUCUUCUUUUCUAUAAGAUUUAUUGUAAUAUACAUAUUUCAAUACUUCCUAAUGAAGAAUUCAAUGAAACUAAAAGAAAUUUUUUAGUUUCUCUCAUUAAUAAUACUGUUAAUACCUUAAUUCAAAAUCAAGAAGUAUCUCGAGAGAUUGUUCAUUUUAAUUUAAAUUCAAUUGAAGAGAUUAGAACAAAAAUUAAAACUUCAUCUUAUAAAGAACUUCUAAUAUUCUUAGAUUCUCAUUCUAUUGAGAACCUUAUUACUAAUGUACUUAUUCCAAAAUUACAACUUUUGGAAUCUAAAUUUCUUUUGAAAUAUUCGUAUGAAACUUUUCUUUCAUUACAUGAUCUUAACAUGACCAGACUACGAAAAAAAGAAUUAAAUGAAUGGUUAAAUCAAACUGAAACAAAAGAAGAAGAACAAUAUUUUAAGAUAAAUUUUCUACAUACAUUUAAUUAUCUUGAUCGAGAUGUUGAACAGAUAUAUGAUUCAAUUGACAAGACAUUUGGUCAUAAUUUUAUUACGAUUAAUGAUCAAUCAGAUUUUAGUUUGAAAAAUAAUCAUGAUUCUCCAGCAUUAGUUAUCAAUGAAUUUGUAUGGAAAAAAUGA